UCGGUGCUUAGCUUUUGCAUCAGAAACAACAUGCCUCCUAAGCGGCAGUUUAGGCCACCCAAGUCUGAAGAAGAAGAAAGAACCACAUUGGAAGAUUGUAUCCCAAAGUCCACUCGUUCCUCUACGAAAUGGGCCUUUAAAGUCUUUUCCGAAUGGCAAAUCUAUAGAGUAAACAAAGAUCCUUGCAAAGAGCAGAGUUCGUUUGAAAUUGACAUUGGAAAAGUACAAUCAUUAGAAACGAAUAUUGCCAACAUGAAUGCAGAAACUCUUAACUUUUGGUUGACAAAGUUUGUCCAGGAGGUGGUGAAGGUAAACGGAGAGAGGUAUCCUGGAAGAAGUCUAUAUAUGAUUGUUGCUGGCCUUCAACGCCAUCUAGCAGAAAGUGGAAAUGCUAUUUCACUGCUAAGUCAAAACGAUAGAAGGCUAAACAUAUUCAGACGUGCUUUGGAUGCGGAAAUGCGGCAGGCUACCCAACAUGGCGUGGGAAUACAAUCGAAAAUGGCGGAACGAGAAGAAAUAACAGAAGAAGAUGAAGCUGCUUUUUGGAAGAUGGGUCUUCUGGGCUGCCACUCGGCUAAUUCCUUGCUGAAAACAAUUUACUUCUAUAACGGUAAAUUAUUUGGAUUACGCUCAAAUGAACAUAGGAAUUUAAGGUGCUCCAAUUUUAGAAUAGAUUCUGAGUCAGUUACCUACGAUGAAAGCGUUUCAAAAACAUACCACGGCGGCUUGAAAGAUUUAAAAUACAAGCCCAGAGUAGUUAAGCACGUUUGCUGCGCUGGCAAAGAUGCUAAUCAUCAGCCUUGUCUAGUAAAUUGUUUUGCUACUUAUAUGGAAAAAAUCAAACACCUAGCUAAGAAUAUAGAUGCAUUUUAUUUCAAGCCAAAUGCAAAUACUCAGGAUAACACUUUUUGCCGUUCACCUGUAGGGAUUAAUACGUUAAACAAAAUUUUGCCAAACUUGUGUGAAGAAGCUGGGAUGGAGCGUAAGACGUCACAUUGUUUAAGAAUAACUUGCGCUUCGCGUUUGUUUCAAAAUCAGGUAGACGAGAAAUUGAUACGCGAUAGGACAGGGCAUCGCUCCAAUGCUUUGCUUAAGUAUGAAAAAUCUAGCUUACAGCAAGAAACGGUUGUGAGCAACCUGCUCGGACCACCGCUCGCAAAUCUUACAGAUAAUAGCUCUACGGUUGCCACUAGCACUAAAACUAGUUCUUCUGAAACAAACGUAAGCUGUUCCAAAGUUCUAGAAGAUAUUGAAUCGUUAGAUUUCGAAGUCGCAGAUGAAUUGUUAGGUAACAUGGUUUUACCAGAUACUUCUAACGCAGCCAAUGUUGUUAUUUCGGGAUCAAUAUUCAACAAUUGUACUUUUCAUUUGAGCAAGUAA